CGUACAUACUACGACCAUGGCAGAUUCCGACGCCCACACUCCCUCCCCUGCUCCCAGCAUCGGUCCUCGCAUCGCUCCUCCCUCGAAACGCCAACGACGCUUCAAGCCUGGCGUGGCUGCUCUCCGAGAGAUCCGGAAGAUACAGCAAUCGACAAGCUUCUGCCUCCAGAAGACCCUCUUCCAGCGACUGGUCCGAGAGGUUACCCAGAGCACCAAGCAUGCCGAGCAUGAAGGCGGCCUUCGUAUUCAAGCAAGCGCAUCGGAGGCGCUCCAGGUUGCGUCUGAGGAUUUAUUGACGUCUGUUUUUGAGAUGUCGAACUUGGCUGCUAUCCAUGCCCAUCGUGUCACCAUCCAGCAAAAGGACAUGGUCCUGGUGAAGAAUAUCCUGACGAUAGGAGACCACCUUGGUACAGCCUAGCGCGCCGAUACUACGGAUAAUCUUAUCGAAAAACGGAAGACAAAUAACGAAAUCAGUCACAAGCGGUCAUUGUUGCUGACUGGCCGUCGCCCGACUAAGCCUUUCUGCCAGAACACCCACUAGGCUUACCGAGAUGGAUGAGGUCGGCAUGCUUUAUGAUGUUAUAGGCAUGAUGAACGUAUGCUACAGAAUGCAGAUUCUAUGGUUAUGCAUGGAGGGGUUAUAGUAUACUAGUUGCUGAAUCAAACGGCCAAAUACAAACUCGUUAAACAUA